UGAAGGGCUGCGGCUUAAUGAGUUCCAGGAACGCGAUGGCCGCAGCGGUACGUCUUCCGUUUGGCCAAGGCAGGCGCCGUGAGAGAAGAGGGACGACAUGACCUGGUGCAGCAGCAGCAAAUGGAGAGCAGCAGGGCAGCCGCUCCUGUCAGAGCUGCUCGGUUACGGAGCGCUGCUCGCCGCAUGCCUGCUCUGCUACUGGAACUCGCUAUGGGGGGAGUUCGUGCACGACGACGUGUGGGCUAUAGUGAACAAUCCCGACGUGAGGCCCGGCUCCAGCCUGCACAGCAUCUUCACCAACGACUUCUGGGGCAAGAGAAUGGCCGACAACACCAGCCACAAGUCCUAUCGACCGCUCUGCAUACUCACCUUCAAGUUGAACAUUCUGCUGGGUGGAAUGAAUCCGUUUUAUUUCCACUUGGUGAACAUGUGUCUGCACUGCGUGGUGACCACACUUCUCAUGCACACAUGCAAACGCUGUGUAUUCAAGGAUGGACGUCUGGCUUUUCUCACGGCACUCCUCUUCACAGUCCAUCCCAUCCACACAGAAGCAGUGUCAGGAAUUGUUGGAAGAGCAGACAUGCUGGCCUGUUUGCUGUUUCUUCUGGCUUUUCUCUCCUAUAUUAGGAGUGUAUCAGGGUGCAGUUCACCCGACUCAUUCCCAUCCACGGUGUCUCCAUGCUUUCUGGUUCUCACUUUGUUCCUGGGCACCAGCGCCAUGUUGGUCAAAGAGACAGGCAUCACAGUCUUCGGAGUGUGUGUCUUGUACGAUGGCCUGGUGAUCUGCCGCAAACCCCUCAUCUCGCACCUCUCACGGUCCAAGCUAAAGAAGUUUAUCCAAAUCUCUCAGCCUUUCAUCAAACGAGCAUGUGUGGUCUCAGUAUACGUGCUGUUCAUCCUCUCUGUUCGCUUGUGGGUCAUGGGUGGCUCCAUGCCUCUGUUUUCAGAACAGGACAAUCCAGCAUCCUUCUCACCAUUGCUUUUAACCAGGUUCCUAACAUUCUGCUAUCUCCUUGCCUUUAAUGCAUGGCUGCUACUGGCACCUAUAGUCCUUUGCUAUGAUUGGCAGGUGGGCAGCAUCCCUUUAGUGGAGUCUGUAUGGGAUGUACGCAACAUUGCCACCCUGAUGCUGGCGCUGGGCAUGCUCGCUUUAUGUCUGCACUGUGUAAAAUCAUUACAGAAAAUUGAGGGCAGGGAGGUGCUGGUGGGGAUACUGUUCCUGGUGUUCCCUUUCAUCCCUGCUACUAAUCUGUUCUUCCGUGUGGGAUUUGUGGUGGCUGAAAGAGUCCUUUACAUGCCCAGUAUGGGCUACUGUAUUUUGGUCGUGCAUGGUUUGAACCGGCUAUGUGCCCUGCUGAGUCGAUGGGGUGCAGCUGCGCUCACCAUCUCCAUGCUGCUUCUGCUUCUCCUCUUCUCCUGGAAGACAGUGCAGCAGAAUGAGAUUUGGCUUUCCCGAGAGGCCCUCUUCAGGUCUGGUAUUGAAACAUUACCUCACAAUGCAAAAGUUCACUACAACUAUGCUAACUUCCUAAAGGAUAAAGGGCAAAACCAGGCAGCCAUUCACCACUAUAAAACAGCCCUCAGGCUGUACCCCCGGCAUGCCAGUGCCUUGAACAAUUUGGGCACGCUGACUCACGAUGCGGAGGAGGCAGAGCUCUAUUACAGGAAGGCUCUAGACAUCAACUCUCAACACAGCCGAGCUCUCUUUAACCUGGGAAACCUCCUCAAGUCUCAGGGGAAGGAGGAAGAAGCUGAGCAAAUGCUGAAGGAUUCCAUUCACUAUGGGCCAGAUUUUGCUGAUGCCUAUUCCAGCUUGGCCUCUUUCUACGCUGACCAGAAGCGCUCGGCAAAAGCUAACGAGAUUUACACCAAAGGCAUUGAGAAUUGCCCAGACAGCUCAGACCUCCAUAAUAACUACGGCGUGUUUCUGGUGGACACAGGAGAUAGCAAACGGGCUGCUGUUCAUUACCAGCAUGCUGUGCAACUGAAGCCUUCACACUACGUUGCCAUGGUAAAUCUGGCUCGUCUGCUGCGCUCCUCCAAUGGCAGUAAGGAGGCUGAACUCUGGUACAAGAGGGCACUGCAAGUGGUGCGUAAAGUGGAUAUCCUGACUCCUCUGGGAGCACUGUACUACAACACAGGCCGAUAUGAGGAGGCUUUGCAGCUGUACCAGGAGGCCGUAUCACUGCAGCCGGACAAUCAGGAUAUCUGGCUGGCUCUGGCUCAGGUUAUGGCUAUGGCUGGCCAGGCAAAAGAAGCAGAAAAAAUGACACUUGGCAUCAUUUCAAAACGCAAAAGCUGCAUUGAGUGUUACCGCCUGCUGUCUGCCAUUUACAGCAAGCAGGGAAACCACACUGAGGCAUUGCAGGCUUUGGAUAAAGCACUGCAGCAGCAGCCGGCAGAUCCCGCAGUGAGAGCAGAGCUUUUUUUCUCCAUGGGUAACCAGCUCCGAGAGAUGAAUGAGCUGGACAGAGCCUUUGAGAGCUAUAAACUUGCUGUUUCACUCAACCCUGACCAAUCACAGGCUUGGAUGAACAUGGGUGGAAUACAACAUAUAAAGGGAGACUACGUAGCAGCAAGAACAUACUACCAAAGAGCUCUAAACCUCUCACCUGGUUCCAAACUGCUUAAAGAGAAUCUCGCCAAACUGGACAGGCUGGAGAAAAAACUGCAGGGUGCUUAGAGAAAACAGAACCUGAAGACAUCCCAGAGUGAACUGCUAAUGGAAUACAGACAUACAGAUCGCUGAAUGAAGAGCUGGAUGCCUUCAAAGCUCCUGUUGCAAUCAAUGGUGACAGAAGAUCUGUAAGAGGAGAAUAAGUACUGAAUCAAAAAUGUAGAGGCUUAACGUAGCAGAUGCAUAUUGCUAACGCAGGUUAGCUUCAACAUGUAUCAAAUAGCAGGAGUUACUAGCCUCAUUAACUCUUUUGAAGAUUUAUCUUGGGCCUGCCUAAAUCUGCAGGUCUAUCUGAUAUGAACUGAAUGUUUUGACCGGUGUUUUUUGACACCUCUAAACUGAAUUUGAUUAAUCUCUGUGAAUUUGUCUAGAAUGUAUCUAAUUGGGGCACUUGGUCCUGAUCUAAUUGUACCAUAGGAGCUAUUAUCCAAACCUUCUGAUGAUCUCAGUUUUAAUGACGGGAGAUCCAGCCCUUUUCACACUCAAAUUCUGAGUAAUUGCCAGUAUAGCUGUAUUUGUAAUCUCUUUAGCAUUUCCCUGAGAUGCUUUUUUCUAUACCGUUACUAUGCAAGUCCCAAUGUGUCAUUACAAAUAGAACUUUGAUUUGGGCAGCACCAAACACAGCUGGCAGUGUGAGUGAAAUACAGAUUCUAUUUGGUUAGUAGCAAGCCGUAGCCUACUGGACUAGUAAUCAGAAGGUUGCUGGUUCAAGCCCCACCACUACCAGGUUGCUGCUGUUGGACCCUUGAGCAAGGCUCAACCCUCAAUGGCUCAGACUGUAUGCUGUAACUGUAAUGUAAGUCGCUUUGGAUAAAGGUGUCUGCUAAAUGCUGAAAAUGUGAAUGGUUAGUGGUGUUAGUGUCUGAUUCUAAAUCCUUCAAGUACUCUGGUUCACUCCCAAAUGCAUGAUGCAGUAAGUAAAGAUUUUUUUCUUAAUGGCCCUUAUGUAUAAUUGAGUGAGUAAACUGGUAUGGCUGUAAUGUUUUGCAAUAAAUCACCAUUACAGUCUUUAUAAGAAUGAAGCAAUUACUGAAGAAGAAAAUAACUUUUUUUGUUUGUUUAUGCAUUUUCUCCCCUUUUUUCUCCCUUUUUAGCGCGUCCAAUUGCCCGAUUGCGUCAUGCUUCCUCUCCACCAAUGCCGAUCCCUGCUCCGAUUAAGGAGAACGAAGCUAACCCACGCGCCCUCUGACACGUGGGCAGCAUGCCGUAUGCAUCUUAUCACCUACACUUACACGAGUGCAGUGCAGCUCAGCGCUGUGUACGCAGAGACACACCCUGAGAGCACUCUUUUCUCAUCUCUGUGCAGGCGCCAUCAAUCAGCCAGCAGAGGUCGUAAUUGCACCAGACAUGAGAGAGAGACCCCCAUCUGGCUUAGUCCCACCCAUAUCUGAACAACAGGCCAAUCGUUGUGCAUGUGGCCGCUCAGCCUUAGCCAGCAGGCAGAGCUGAGAUUCGAUACGAUGUAUUCGAGCUCUGGUUCCAGCGUGUGUUUUUACCGCUGCGCCACCUGAGCGGCCUGAAGAAGAAAAGAACUUUAACUCAAGUUAAUCAGUUGUGUAUUUUUUGUAAGUUUCUGUGGUCAUUUACAGAUGAUUUGGCUCAUAAAUGGACACAUUACUGGGCUUUUGCUUUCAUUUAAUUAAAUAGUUGAAUCCUAGGAAUGAUUAGCCAACAGCUCUUUAUAAUAAUAAUGUUACUUUGCAGAUAUCUUUGGCUUAUUACUUGAUAUUAAAGAAGUAUGUAACUGUAUGUAGAAGUAGAAAGUAAAGAACUGUGAUUUUAUGACUUUAACCACUGUAGGAUUGGAUUUUGUUGGUUUUUUUUCCCCCAUCUCAGAUUGGUGAGUCAGUGUAAGGAUUUUCCUUAAACUUCUUGUUUCUCUUGUUUACCCUGAUUUUCACCCCCUUUGUUUAAUAUGUACCAGACAAUAGCUACCAAUAAGGUGAGAUGAAGGGAUGGCACGUGCUUCCUCGAUGUCACUGAGCAGAUCCACUCUCUUACAGGAGGUCACUUUUUACCCACUUCUAACAGCAUGAAGUCACAGAGCCAACAGAUGAUUAAUGUGUAUGGCAGGAGUGAAUACUGCCCCCACCCAGAGAGCAGGGCCACUCAAACCCCAGCUUCUGGUCACAAACAGCUUGUGGCAUUGUAGGGCUUUUACUUGCAAGGUCCAUAUUUGUUCAGUUGUACCUCUUGAAAAUCUUCUAAAUGAGUAUUGCAAUGUCACUUGUAACCUUUAAGCUGUAUGAGGCUGGGAGAUACAGCACAGCUGAGUAACAAAUGCUUGCUUUCAGGAGUUGUUCCAGUAGCACAUGUCUAUUUAAAAGGUGUCCCAACUCCUAAAUUCCAAAAUGUUUUGCUGUGGUUCACAGGAUACCACUUGAUGUACGUCUGGGAAUCACUUGGGGUUUUGACUUACUGGUAAAUACGCAGCUAAAUUGCUUGUGUGAAAAGGGCUUGAAAAGGCUGGUUUGCUCAACACCUGUGUUCUGUGAACAUGGUAAGAUACUAUUCAGUGCUGUAGGAUUAACAAAAGUGUGUUUUGCUUUGUGUGCAUUGUUUGUGAUUGUAUGAGUGACUUUUAGUUGGAAUAAGAGUCAUGUUCUGCCAGAGAAAUGCCCUUUUUACAUACUAGUUAUUCUAGAAUGUUCCUUUUUUGUCACUGAUUGUAUGUACUCUAAACGUGGAAUGUCCAACCCUCUAAGCUCUGUAAAUAAAGUAGUGAUCUGUACAGUGA